UUUCUCAUCUGGGUUUUCACUCGCUUGACUCAUUUCUUUUCAUUUUACCAUAAAUUUCGGUUCUUUGCAAAUCGUUUGAAAAGAAUAAAGAUUUUUGAAAUUAGCGGGAUUGCUGUAUUAUGCUGAGCUGGGUGGAGCUUUUGGCCUUAAAUGAUGACAAUUAACGCUGCACAAGACACUCAACAAAUUUAAUAUAUAUAUAUAUAUAUAGGUCGUUUUCUCUCUCUUUUUCAACAAAGAAAGAAUAUAAAAAUGUUUGAGAAAAAAUAUUUAAAUUAAAUAUUUUUAAUAAAAGUGAGUAGUAAAAUUAGAAAAAUGUGAUUUUUUAGCGAAAAUUUUGGUGGGCCGGAUGUUUAGAUUUUGGAUUUUCAUUUGUUUCCUACAUUUUCUCGGCGGCCAAACAGAGAAUUGUUUUUCCGUUGAAUUAUAUUUGUGUAUUGGAUUUAUCAGAGGAUGGAUGAUCCUCAUCAAAGUGGUGAGGAUAUCAAAGAACCUUCUGAAGCGAUGGAGAAUCAUCAGACACUUUCUCCAAAGGAAGGGAAAGGAACGAGAUUGUGGAAGAAGGUGAAGUACCAGCUGGUUGAAUACCACUCUUUGCCUGGGUAUUUGAGGGACAAUGACUUCAUUGUGGGCCAUUACCGGUCCGAAUGGCCAUUGAAGCAGGUCUUGCUUAGCAUGUUCACCAUUCACAAUGAGACGCUAAAUGUUUGGACGCAUUUGAUUGGGUUCUUCUUCUUCCUUUGCCUGACCAUAUACACUGCAAUGAAGGUUCCAAAAGUUGUAGAUCUUCACGCUCUACAACAUUUUCCUGAUGUGCUGAAAAAGGCCGACCUUCACAAACUGCAUGCAGAACUCUUGACAUGCCUCCCUUCCUUGCCCAACAUGCCUGAUCUGCACAGACUUAGGGAGGAGUUAAAGACUACACUGCCUUCAAUGGAUUUGCUUCCAUCACUCUCGGGUUGGAGUGUCAUGGAUAUCCUAUAUAAUUGUCUGCCUCAUCGAUUUUCCAGUGGCAACCAUACUGAUGUUUGCGUUUUGCGUAGCAUGAAGGAAGACUUGGCGAACAUUAUAGCACCUCUGAUGGUGAGACCAAUCACGCGGUGGCCAUUUUUUGCAUUUUUGGGUGGGGCCAUGUUUUGCUUGCUGGCUAGCAGCACUUGCCACCUACUCUCUUGCCAUUCUGAACGUGUAUCAUACAUCAUGCUCAGGCUUGAUUAUGCUGGAAUUGCUGCCCUUAUAUCUACCUCCUUCUACCCUCCUGUUUACUACUCCUUCAUGUGCGACCCCUUUUUCUGCAACCUCUACUUGGGAUUUAUAACCCUCUUGGGAAUUGCCACAGUUUUAGUUUCUCUCCUGCCAGUCUUUCAAACCCCAAAGUUCCGAGUCAUUCGUGCAUCUCUCUUCUUUGGCAUGGGCUUCAGUGGGAUAGCACCAAUCCUGCACAAGCUUAUCCUGUUCUGGGGCCAACCUGAGGUUCUCCGCACAACUGGAUAUGAGUUGCUGAUGGGAGCAUUCUACGGGCUUGGAGCUCUGGUUUAUGCCACAAGGAUUCCUGAACGAUGGAUGCCGGGGAAAUUCGAUAUUGCAGGGCACAGCCACCAACUAUUUCAUCUAUUAGUAAUUGCUGGAGCGUACACCCAUUAUCGUGCAGGUUUGGUUUAUCUCAGGUGGCGUGAUCUUCAAGGUUGUUAGUUGUGAAUCACGAUAACAUUUACUGGUUAGUGAGGUCUUGUUUAUUGUAAUUUUAAAUUAUUGUGGGAGUUGAGGUUCUCUCCAAUAAUCACUUCUGUAAAUUUGCACAUUCAACCAAAUGUGGAAUUUGAUAGUUGGUUUUCAGCAGAAUAGGAAAAUUGGAAUCAAAUGGUGCGCACCGAUUAAGGUUGGAUCUGUGUCGAUCAAUGAUUCUGAAUUUGUAUGAAUAAAUUUGUUUGUAAUGGGAUGGUUUGGGAAAAAUAAGAUGCAGAGUCUGCUGCUGUGGUAAUUGAUAAGUGUUGUACUCAUGUUCUAGUUGGAUUUGUAGACUUGACAAUGCUUCUGAAUUCAUAAUGGAUGAGUGGUUUUGUGAUGGGAUAAUAUGGGCAAAAUUUUGGGUAGAUUCCAACAUUAUCCACUCAAAGAUGUGCAUUAACAAUUUCUAGCACAUUCAUUUAUCA